CCUUAUCUUCCUCACACCAAAGCCACCAAUAUACCAACUUAUUGCCACAAAAACACUUCCUCUCUUCUCAUGCACUCACUUUUAAUACAUUCCACAACUCAAACGAGGACCAAGUGAAAAAGAAGAAAACAACUAUGGCAGCCUCACUGCAAGCAGCUGCUACUCUAAUGCAACCCACCAAAGUGGGUGUGCCUUCUAGGAUCAGCCUUCAAUUGAGAUCUUCACAAAAUGUUUCUAAGGCUUUUGGGUUGGAGCCUUCUACUGCUAGAAUCAGUUGCUCUUUGCAAUCUGAUCUUAAGGAUUUGGCUCAAAAGUGUGUUGAUGCUACUAAGAUUGCUGGAUUUGCUCUUGCUACCUCUGCUCUUGUCGUUUCGGGAGCGAGUGCAGAAGGAGUGCCAAAAAGGCUAACCUUUGAUGAAAUCCAAAGCAAGACAUACAUGGAAGUAAAAGGAACUGGAACUGCUAACCAAUGCCCAACAAUUGAAGGUGGGGUAGACAAAUUUGCGAUCAAACCAGGCAAAUACAAUGCCAAGAAGUUCUGUUUAGAACCAACAUCUUUCACUGUCAAAGCAGAAGGAGUAAGCAAAAAUGCUCCACCAGAAUUCCAAAACACUAAACUAAUGACUCGCUUAACCUACACACUUGAUGAGAUUGAAGGACCUUUCGAAGUAGCCCCAGACGGCACUGUUAAGUUUGAAGAGAAAGAUGGCAUUGACUAUGCUGCUGUGACUGUACAAUUGCCUGGUGGCGAACGCGUCCCUUUCCUUUUUACCAUCAAACAGUUAGUAGCAAGUGGAAAACCAGAAAGCUUCAGUGGACAGUUUCUUGUACCAUCUUACCGUGGUUCAUCUUUCUUGGACCCAAAGGGCAGAGGUGGCUCAACUGGUUAUGAUAACGCGGUUGCAUUGCCGGCCGGAGGAAGAGGAGAUGAGGAAGAGCUAGCAAAGGAGAAUAAUAAGAAUGUAGGCUCAUCAACUGGGAAAAUUACACUAAGUGUUACUGGGAGUAAGCCUGAGACAGGAGAGGUUAUUGGAGUGUUUGAGAGUGUUCAACCAUCUGAUACUGAUUUGGGAGCAAAGACACCAAAGGAUGUGAAGAUCCAGGGUAUUUGGUAUGCUCAGCUUGAGUCAUAGACAAUUUAUGAUUAAUGUUUCUUAUCUUUUCUCUGUAUGAAUUAUUAAUAUUCACUUGGUUCAGAUUUUGCUAAAUGUUUAAGGUGGUGUUGCUAAACUUUUUCUGUCACCCUCUUGAUGUGAGAAUUGAGAUGCUCAAUGACACUAUUAUCGUCUUGUAUAUCAUUAUCAUUUCAUUUAACCUGCUUGUAAUGAUGCUUCGAAAACCAAGAUUCAUGUUUUCAUC